AUGCCGUACAGUCGUUGGGUGUGCCUUUUGGGUGGUUUGGUGGUGGCGGUGACGGUCCAUGUUUUGCUGUCUGACAGGGUUCUCUUGUCCGGCGAUGAGAGUGGUACAGUCUUGAGCGAUGGUAGAACUCCUGGAAAUGAGGCUUGGCACAAGGAUGCUAUACAAGGGCUGCAACGACUACAACAAAGAAAAGAUAUAUUUGAAUUGUUGGAGAUUCAAUCACUGGAUGAGAUUUCUGACAGAGGAUUUUUGGAAAAAUGGGACCAGUGUACACUGACGACAGCCUGGCAACGGCAUCAAACCCUCGACAGCCACAACGACAAACUGAAUCUACAAGUGGUACUUCUAGGAGGAUCCUCAUCGGCUCGUCCGGCAGAAGCAUGUGGGUCCAAAAAAGGAGAAGAAGAUCCUCAUGAUGGUCGCUAUAGCAACCUUCUACAGUCCGCCAUGAAUCGGCCGUCUUCUUUCGCGCGUGAUGUUACAGUCCACAAUAUGGCUCAAGGCAGCACUACCUCCAUUUGGAGUGGUCUCAUGAUGGAACAGCUGUUGCCAAGAAAUCAACACAAUGAUCGAUAUCAAGUUGAUCUUAUCAUAUGGGAACAUGCCAUUAACGACCACGCGCCAUCGGCAGAUGGAUCACCUCACGAAAUGCUACGCUUUUGGUUGACACGACUGCAGCACGCCUUUUCUCAACAAGAAUCACUACCACCCAUUCUAAUUCUCUAUCUUUGGAAACAAGAUAUUGGAUACGAAAAAGAUGCAGCCAUUCUGGAGGGAGGAUUGGGACAUGAAGGACCCAUUUUGCAACAAUCCCUCCAAGUCAUUCAGCACUACCGUCAGCUGGGCAUGUCCAUUCAGGUGGCUCAUUUAUCCAAGAUCAUUCCUUCCUCCUCAUUCAUCAAACAUCGACGAGAGUUUUUGGAUGAUCGGCAUCAUCCUGCCUGUAACGGAAGUCAUCUGAUUGCCGAUAUUCUUCAAUAUGCAAUCUACGACAAUUUGGCCAACUGCGAUGUGGCGAAAGCAGCAAGUGCUGUACUGCCUACCGGUACAACAAUGGCACCAAAUACUAAUAAUGUCAUGGCUUAUUUGUCAUUGCCAGACCUCUUGAGCAAUCCAUCCACACGGAUUAUUUCCUUUACACAAUGGCAACCCACAAUAUUAAUCAACUCAUCGUCGUCGUCAUUGUCACUCAUCACACCCGAGAGGCUUCAACAAGCCCAAGAAAAGUACCUUGCCAAUAUCUUUCCAGCGGCGGACAUGCCCGGGAGAGAUGAUCGAAAAUUUGCCUUUCGGUUGCCGGGUUGCCAUACGGACGAACGCUUGCAACUGACAAUCCACAAGCAGUUGCUCUGGUUGGGUGUGGUCUAUGCGGGCCGUAGUAUUGCCAUGACCAUCAACGACGUGGCGGUACCGUUGCAAGGGAACGGGGCGGUCGUCUCGGGGUUGGCCAGUCCAGUCAACUUGCCACGGGGAGGACACGAUUGGAUUGACAUUACCAAGUUUGCUGGUGCUUCUUCCCAACAAUUUUUGACAAGCAGCAAACAGGCUCCGAGCUACAGGCUGUCUUUUUGUGAUACGCACAAAGCAACGCAAUCUGGACAAGGGCGUCAUUUAAAGGUGCGACGGGUAUGGGUGCACCAGUUGGUUGGAGUCAUGGUGCCUUCGGUAGGAUGAUUCCGUAGACUAGUACCGGUAGGGACCAAGGCAGCUUCAUUUAUCCAAAAUUUUUGCUAGAAUCAAAAAUAAGCAAGCUACGGGACGCGGGCAAUUCGCUUUACAGGUGUUUUGCGACCUGUGACCACCAGCUAUGAGCAGGUCAAAUGCACAGUUUUUUGACGGCGUGGAUUGAAACGGCCAUACCGGUGCUAAUAUCACGCUUCAGAGGCCCCUCAGGAUGAAGUCCCAUCCAACGAAAACAUGGAAGAUCCGUGGGAACGAGUCUCUCCGCUGCUUCUUGCCAAAGACCUCUGUCAUUACCCAAAGUGUUCUUUGAUUGUCUGGAUUUUAUAUCGGACCACGUCGGGCAAGAGGUUUCAUGGGAGAUUCAGGUUGGAACGAUCUCGCGACCUGAUUUUGAUGAAUCCUUCGCAUGGGUUCCAUGCGAGGGCUUUGUCGUUGCUGUUCCUGGAAUGAUUCAAUCGAAUCGUCUCGAGCUAGCUAGUAGUAGAGAGCCGCAACAUCCUUGGGUCGAUCCUUUAAUUAAAAGACUAUCGGCGCAUGUGACAGCCACAAAGUCUCUGAAACCGAAUUUUAAAGAUAUCUCAAACAAAGCGGGCAAUAAUAGCCAACAAUGUGGCACCCAACAAGCUUCCAACGACAGGGAGGUUUGUGCCACUGCUCGGGGUGCUUACAACUUCAGUUUCUGACGUGGGAAUCCCACUGCCACAGUUAAUACCAGCUUCAUCCAUAUACUUGUAUGUUUCUUCUUGUCUUGGAUAUAAGUUGGCCUGUCCUUCCGUAUAGCAACUAGCACUGGAACAAACCAACAUUGGUGCAACCUUCAUCUCGGGCUGACCACCUGGAUCACAUUUUGGAUUCAAGGUAUAACUGAUAACCACACCACCACCCUUCUCACAUUCCUCUUUGUAACUCUUGGCUGUUUCGUGAUCUUCGCUCAAGUCGAUAUCACAGGCCUUGGCUGUAUUGCUGGCAGUAUCAAUGCACUCAGCCUGCAUUUUCAAGGCAACCAUUUCCAGGUAGGCAUCUUCAGCUGGUUUCAUAUUUGGAUUGGUGUCGAACAGCUGAGCCUGGGUCCAAUUGUAACAUUCUGGCUGGGAAAUCCCAUUUCCUUCAUUAACAAGCUCUGGUGGAUCCUUCAUUUCAAGAUCAGUGACUCCUGAAGCACAUGAGUUGUUCUUUAGCUCUUUCAGCUCACUCUGGGGCACUAGAUUGCUUGCACCAACACUGGCACAGCUGGCACUGGCACAGACCAGCACUGGCUUCACAGAGGUUUCCGAUGUACUCGAGACAUCACCACAGAGAGGACUGUAGGUGUAUGUCCAGAUUCUACCUCCACCAUUGUAGCACUCGGUUUCGUAUGUUGCUGCUUCUGGGAUAUUUGAAGCUGAUUCAAUGGAGCAAGGAAUGGCAACACCAUUAGCAUCAAAGCAGCCAUCUUCAAUCUUUGCUAUCAUGGCACUGAGAUAGGCAUCUUCUGCUGGCUGCAGGGCACGGUUGUAGUCAUAGAUGGGCUUUGUCCAGUUUCUACACUCAGGUUGAGAAUCUUGACCAUGGAUGAGCUGUGGGGCCAGCAGUAGCAGAUAGAGGGAGGCAGACGAGGGCUUCAUGUUGCCACAAUUAGAUGAGCUGGGUACCGGUAGAAGAAGAGUUUUUUUUUUGAGUUGUGGGUUGUUGCCAAUUAACUAAAUGCGUUGCACAGUAUCCGAGGAUCUGGACAUCCGAUCGUGGCUGGCUGGUUGCAUCCUUGCUGUGGUUGCGAAGUGGGACUGGCGAGCUCGAAGCCGCCAGAUAUCGUAUACAUAGUACUGGUAGCUGCCUUCAAAAACAACACGAACGCCCUCAAGCGAAAAAGAGGCGAGCUACCCCGUCAACCUCACCACCCGUGUUUGUGCUAAGCAGGCAAAAUUCGCUCCUGGGGACAAAAGCUUCUGCUCUAUUGAGAUUUAUGGGCUCCUGCCAAGCAACUUUUGCAGUACUGUACAGUCGU